AUGGAAGGUCAUAGUGACAUGAAUGAGAGAAAAGAAAGUUUGAUUAAUGUUGUGAUAGGAGGAUCUGGAGAAGAAGAAAUACAGAGAAGUUCUAUCGGUGACAAGAUAACUGGUGGUGCAUAUGUAGAUGAACGUGGUGAAUCAUCAUCGAAGAGGAAGAAACCCAUUAGGCAUAAUGUCGAUCAGAUUCAAGAGCUUGAAACGUUUUUCAAAAAGAAUUCACUUCCUAACAAAAAAGUAAGACUAGAACUUGCAACAAAAUUAUCCAUGGACAUCAACCAGUUGCAAUUGGAAUUGUACAAAACUAAAACUCUGAAGCAAGAAAAUGACAAGCUUCGCAUAGAGAAUAUUGUAAUGAAGGAAGCCCUGGUAAAUUCAAUUCGUGACAAUUAUAAAGAAAACAUUGAUGAGAAUCAAAUAAAGAUUGAGCAUGACCAAUUGGAAGAUGAAGUUAAAAGGCUUACCACCCAAGCGCUGUAUGAGAAUGAUAAACCUCUUUGUGUAAGCAGUUUGGAUGGAGGUGGAGAAACGUUAAAUAUUAAGGAAUAUGCUCGAUUGUUUACCCUUUUAAUUGGCACGAAACCUGAGCAUUUCACAACGGAAGCCACAAGGGCAUCGGGUACAGUGGCUGACACCAGUUUGGCAUUGAGGCAGUGGGUAGAGAUGUUUGCAUGCAUUGUUGGGAAAACAUAUACUACUGAUGUGAUUUCCACUGGCAUAGGUGGAAAUAAGAGCGGUUCUCUGUUAUUGAUUAAAACCGAAUUGCAAAUUAUUUCUGACCUAGUUUCUGUUCGCGAAGUACAAUUUCUUCGCUUCUGUAAGAAACAUGUUGAAGGUGUCUGGGCUUUCGUCGAUGUGUCUGUUGACACAAUUCAAGAAGGUUCACAAGAGAGUGAAAUUGAAAAUUGUCGAAGGCUCCCAUCUGGCUGUAUUUUACAAGAUAUGCCAAAUGGUUAUUGCCAAGGGGAUGAUUCUGGUGCUAGUCGAGUGAUCUUGCAAGAUACUUGCAUGGAUGUAGCUGGAUCUCUUUUGUCCCGGAUUGUUUUCAAGAUUUCUCUACAACUAAACUAUAAUGUUAUUUCUGGGGAGAUGAAUAAUGGGUUCAGUGGUGGAUCGUUGGUGACUAUCAACUUUCAAAUGGUGGGGAACAUCAUUCCAGCUACAACUCUUUCUAUGGAGUUGGUCAAAGAAGCAAAUGCAUUCAUCUCACACACAAUUCAUAAGAUUAAGAGUGCUCUUAAUAGCAAGUGA